GUAUGAAAUAAUAAUGGAUUGGGUGUUUUUUAAGGAUUUUGAUUUAAGUUGAUUUUAUUAUUAAGAUUAUAAAAAUGGAAAGAGAAGAAAGAUUCUUAGAGAUUUGCAAAGGUAUUCGUAGUUUGGAUGGUGAAAGUGUGAAUUCUACAAUUGAAUUCAUUGAAACUUCAUGUGCUAAAGAAUAGAGAGAUAUAGUUAGGAAAUUGUUGAGGAAAGGAUAUAGCAAUGCUUAAAUUUAUUCUGAGGUGAAUAGAGUAUUUGGAACACAUUCAAUUUUAAAAGUGUAUUGUUGGGAUGUUUAAGAUCCAAAGAAGUAUUUGGGAAUGGGUGUUGUAGGAUUAGGUAUUGGUUUUGGAAUAGCAGUUUUGAAGAGAGCAAUAAAGAAAUGAU